CCACAGCUGGCUCUGUGCUUUUGCCGGAAGACGCUGCCGCCAGGAUGGCGGUCCCGGUCGCGCUGCAGAGAAGCGUGGUCGCCCCCGCGGGAAGACAUUCCGCCUCCGUCAUCUUCCUCCACGGUUCAGGUGAUACUGGCCAAGGAGUAAGAGCCUGGAUCAAGCAAGUUUUGAAUCAAGAUUUGUCUUUCCAGCAUAUAAAAGUCAUCUAUCCAACAGCUCCUGCCAGACCAUACACACCUAUGGGAGGGUCCUUGUCCACUGUGUGGUUUGACAGAUAUAAGAUCUCCAAUGAUUGCGCAGAACAUACUGAAACCAUUGACUUGAUGUGUCAAGAACUUACAAGUUUGAUUGAUGAUGAAGUUAAAAAUGGCAUCAGGAAGAACCGGAUACUGUUGGGUGGUUUUUCAAUGGGUGGAGGCAUGGCGAUGCAUUUAGCAUAUAGGUAUCACCAAGAUGUGGCUGGAGUUUUUGCUCUUUCAAGCUUUCUCAAUAAGAACUCUGCUGUCUACAAGGCAUUGAUGAAGAAUGAAAGAGAAUUCCCAGAAUUAUUUCAGUGUCAUGGUACAGUUGAUGAACUAGUUUUGCAUUCAUGGGGUGAAGAGACCAACAGAAUCUUAAAAUCGCUGGGAGUACCAACAAUGUUUCUUAGUAUUCCAAACCUUCAUCAUGAACUGAACAAAAGUGAGCUUGAAAAACUGCAAGCUUGGAUUUUGAAGAAGCUGCCAGAGAAGUCAAAUGAUGAGUGACCAAUAAGAAAAAGUACUAGAUGUCUGAUAUGGUUAAUUAUAACUUCACAUAGAGAUUGCUGUGUUCCAUUAUUUUUCUUUUAUAUUGUGUUUCCUUCCUGUUACUGGAAAUAUUUUUUAAAAACUAGCCAAAUGAAAUUUUGAAAAAUUACUGCAAAUAUUACAUGAAUGUUAUGUUUAAGUGUAUCACAUUAUAUUAAAUAACAUAAAAUAAGAUGGAUUGGAUUUGAUUAUUAAACAGCCCAACUCUGGUU